AUGACUCAAGAUGCCUACAAAGCCGCGAAGGAGAGCUUCGUAUCAGACCAGGCAGGGUCCACACUGACCCACAUCAAUCUCAUCUCCCUGAUCGCAUUCUCUGCACUCAGUCUUUUCACCGCAUACCGUACACGGCUCUCCUGGCUCUUUCCGGCGAACGCGCCUGCCCUUUUCGUCGUCCAGUUUGCAUUUCUCGUACUUCCGCUCCUAGGUGCGGUGACGGUUGGGGCACAUGGUUCAGGAACCAACGCACUCAAAUGGAACACUGCCAUGAUGGCGAUAACGAUCAUGCUUUCCGCACGUUUUCCCGCUCCGCAUCAUGAACAGAAGGUCAAGCAAGUCCUUCCCGUUGCUUCGCCGCUCCCUACUCGUGGGGGUAGCUUCAGCGAGAAACACCUAGGCACACAACUUAGCAAGCGACUAUCCGAGCAUGUGCAAAAGGCAGAUACAGACGUAUUUCGCCUACCCGCGGUCUCAACGUGGCGAGCGCAUAUGAUGCUUAUGACGGCCCUUUGCAUACUCGCUGUGGACUUUCAAGUCUUUCCACGCUCACUUGUCAAAUGUGAGACCUUUGGCGUGUCCUUGAUGGACGUAGGCGUUGGGUCCUUUGUGUUUGCUCAAGGAGUCGCAUCCGCGCUUCCCCUACUCAAGACGCCCGACUACCUGACGGCCGCGCUAUGGCCAAAGGUCUACACUAGCGCGCGCAAGUCGUCUCCUCUCAUCGCGCUCGGGCUUGUUCGCCUUUUACUCGUCAAAGCUACAGACUAUCCUGGGGAGCAUAUUUCAGAGUAUGGCACCCAUUGGAACUUCUUCCUAACGCUAGCAGCGUUGCCACCUCUCCAAGCAUUACUGCACCCAGUAUUCCAGUACAUUUCGCCGAUGAUUGUUGGACUCUGCAUUGCGACGGGUUAUCAACUCUUACUCACCUUUACCCCCCUGCAAACGUGGGCGUUGUAUGCCACCCGAACCGAUGUCAUCUCGCACAACAAGGAAGGCAUCGUCUCGCUCGCUGGAUAUCUCGCCAUACACAUCCUCGGACUGAACACCGGACUAGUCAUCUUCCCACCUCGACCUGGAUUGGGUAUACAGUCUGGUCGUCGAAGCUCCAAGCCCGACCAGUCUUCGGACGAGAGCGAGCGGGAGAGCGAGGGGGAGGAAAAGGAUGCGGACGCGGCAUAUGCGAGCGAUGCGUGGAUCGACGAAAGCAAGCGCAGUUCCCCCUCAAAAGGCCACAAGGUCCGACGCGACGAUCGAAAGACUGUGACCGAGCUUGGCGGAUACGGUGUGCUCUAUGGACUCCUCUUUGGUGUGGUCAAGAUGUGCUACAUGUACGCCGAUGAGGAUGGCGUAUCCAGACGACUUGCCAAUCUACAAUACAUCCUCUGGGUGACGACGUACAAUAUCUUCUUCCUGCUGCUCUAUAUCGUGCACGAUUUAUACUUUUUCUCAUCAGGUACCGGGCGUGCAACGGACGCAGCAAAGCAAUUGGGACCAGGCGAAACGGCGUAUGCACCGCCAAACUACAACUAUAACCUCAACCCACCCACAGACAGCACAUCGUGGACUACAGCACUCGAUCAAACGGCGUAUAAAUCGACGUCGCUUGUACCCCCGCCUCUCACGCGGGCGGCUACAACCUCUCUUCUAGAAGGCACAAACACUCGAGCCCAUCUACUGUUUGGGAUUUCGACAGAGUCGUUGUCGGAUUUGGAUGACCAAAGUGAUUUGUCCGCCAAGAAGAAGGUGGAUCCGAAGAAUAAGAAGCGAAUUGCGCGCAAGAGCUGGGAGGGACCCGAGCUCGUGCUCCGAAAGGGGUUUGCAGAUGAAGACGAGGAGGAUGGAGGAGGAAGCGAAGUCAAAGGCGAGAAUGCUCGGGUGAACAAAUCGUCGAAACGUGGAGUAAAGAACAAGGAUGGAGAAGAGAGACCGGAGCCGACAUCACCAGAGUUGCUCGAGGCCGUGAAUCGGAACGGGUUGGUCAUAUUCUUAUUGGCAAACGUGUUGACGGGCUUGGUCAACCUGUCUAUGGAGACGAUUUACGCAGAAGAUUUGACUGCAUAUAUUAUUCUCGUUGGGUACAUGGGUGUACUCUGCACGUUUGCAUGGGUGUUUCGGGGACGUAGGCUAGUCCGGCUAUGA